CUUUUGAGUUAUCAUUACGGUACCAAGGGUUUAGGGUUUUGGGCUUUGGGUAUCGUUCUGAUUGCUCGAGUAAGCAAGGCAAGGACGGCGUCGAUGGAGAUUGCACCGGAGGAGAAUCCGGCGACGGCUGGAGGCGAAAGUGAACAGACCCCUCCACCAUCAAAUGCUCCCUACCCUUUGCUCGGAGACGAUGAUCGAAGUUGCGGAUUGAAACGGAGGAGAUUGGAGGAGGAUGAUGAUGAGAAGGAAGUAAAGAGCUCUGUUCCUUCCGGUGAAGCCGGUGAAGUUUCUUCCGGUGAAGCCGGUGGGCUGCGAGAGCAAGGAGUGGAUUUGCAUUCUCUCUGGAAGACAAGUCUCUGUUCCUUUUUCCGCCGGCCGCCUGGAGGGAUCUGCCGGCACGGCGACGACUGCCGCUAUGCCCACGGGGAGGCCGAGCUUCGGCCUCGUCCCGAUAAAUCUUGGGAUCCGACAUCUGAAAGAGCUAAGAAACUUAUCAAGGCCAACGAUGGCGACAAUGUCUCGAGCGUAACCGAGGAAUACGAAUAUGCUACCGUUGAUUUGAACAGACUUGACAAGUGCUUGAUAGGUCUCCCUAAAAGUUGGGCUUUGGAAAAUCUUAAGAGCUUCCUUGAUGGUCAGGGAAUUUCUUAUAAAAGAGUCAAAAAGAAGAAAGGAAUGAAUGUAGGUUUUGUGAGUUUUGAUGAUGGUGAACAGAUUAUAAGUGCUAUUGAGGUUUUGAAGGUAAAUCCUCUUAAUAGUAAACAAGUAAAGGUUGCUGAUGCAGUAUGCAGAUCUCAGAAAAAGAAGCAAACAAUGGAAAUCACUAUGUGCAGCACACGUAAUGAAGAUGACUCUUUUCUUGCCUCAGGGAAUAAUGCUGCUUUUGGCUCUUCAAAUGAAGAAGGUAUUGUUGCAAAGGCUAAAGCUGUUUGUGAUGUAGUUACCCCUCUCGCUCAAAUGUCCUACAGUGAUCAACUAGAGCACAAGAGGAAUUCAUUGCUUCAAACACUUAAACGACUUACGCGCCAUGCACGCAAGGCUUGUCCAGAUGCAGUUCCUGUUCCAGAUUGGAUUUUGAAAUCUCAUGAAAUUGGAGGUCUUCCGUGCAAACUUGAAGGAAUAAUGGAAUCUCCACUGGUCGAUGGUUAUCGGAAUAAGUGCGAGUUUUCAGUUGGAUGUUCUUUAGAGGGUAAAGUGACUGUGGGCUUUAUGCUUGGGAAUUUCAGAGAGGGGGUCACAGCAGUAGAAGAACCUGGCAGCUGUCCAAAUGUCUCAAGAAUAUCUUGCAAAUAUGCUUUGCUUUUUCAAGAUUUCCUUCAGACUUCUGAACUGCCUGUUUGGAAUAGAAUCGACAAUAUUGGGUUUUGGCGGCAAUUUACGGUUAGAGAGGGAAGAUGCCCUAGUCCAGUGGCUCUUAAUGGAAGUGUAGUUAAUGAAAUUGCGGAGGUCAUGCUUAUUGUACAGGUUUGUUCGUUGGGUCACGAAGAAGAACAAAUCAGAGGCGAAUUUAAUAGAAUGGCACAUGCUUUAGUGCAUGGAGCAGCUGCUUGUUCACCUCCCCUGCCUCUCACAGCAAUAGUAGUGCAGGACCACAGGGGAAUAUCAAAUGUUGCCCCUUCUAAUUGCCCAUUGAUAACAUUGCAAUUACCCAAGGUGGAUGACGGCAGUGAUUCAGGAGCAACAAGCACUGCUGAAGCGAGAAUUCAUGACUAUAUCAGCAAUCUUCGAUUUUCCAUAUCACCAACAGCAUUUUUUCAAGUUAACACUCUUGCUGCCGAGAAAUUAUAUUCCCUUGCUGGUAAUUGGGCGGAGUUAAGUCCUGAUACAAUACUGUUUGACAUUUGCUGUGGUACCGGAACUAUAGGCCUUACUUUGGCUCAUCGAGUUGGAAUGGUUGUGGGCGUAGAAAUGAACGAGUCUGCUGUCUCAGAUGCAAAAAGAAAUGCAGAGAUUAAUGGUAUAAAGAACUGCAGAUUUAUCUGUGGAAAGGCUGAAGAUGUGAUGGGGUCUGUAUUAAAAGAAUACCUCGAUGCACCGCAGCACCAUGACAAAGCGAUUGAUGCAUCUGCAGAUAAUCUUAGGACCGUUGUGGCAACAAAGCAAAAUGAAGGCGGCGGCGACGUUCCUCUCGCUGCAAGAUGUAGUAGUAACACGAGUAAUGAUAAUGCAAAGUUUACACACAAUCUGGAAAACUCGUUACCUGUAGAGAGUUCGGUAAGCGAUGCAGCUGUGCAUAAGUUCAAUAGAGUUGUCGCCAUUGUCGAUCCUCCACGAGUUGGACUUCAUCCUACUGUGAUUAAGGCUCUGAGGACUCAUCCACGGAUUCGCCGGGUCGUCUACAUCUCCUGCAACCCAGAAACUCUGGUUGCAAACGCCAUAGAACUAUGCACACCAACUGCUGAUAAACAGGAAAAAGGAAAGGGUAACAGAGGCUGGAGGAAGAUGAGCAAUGCCGGUCUGGCGAGGUACAGGGUGAAGUCGAUGCCGAGCUCCGAUGCCUUCCGACCUGUAAGGGCCAUCGGCAUUGAUUUGUUCCCGCACACACCUCACUGCGAGAUGGUGAUGCUGUUGGAGAGGUAAGGAUCUCCAUUGAUGUGGUUCUGAUCUUCUCCAACACUAUAAGUAUGGUGAUUUAGAGUUUAUUUGCAUGGGAAUGUAAGACUACGCCACAUUUUUGUUGAGUAAUUCUGUCAUAUUCUUAUAGAUGAAAUCUGAUGAAGAAGUCUCAGAAUUUCUCUCUAUGUUGAAGGCAAUAAAAGAUGCAUUAUUUGUAGGAAAUUAAGUAAAAGUACUUUACAUAUAUGACAUUUGCAUGCAUACCGCCCAAUUCCUAUGUAUGU